CACCCGAAUUAACAUUGAUAUAACCCGCUUCGCAUUUCUCCAUCUUCGUUCCUCCGAGAGAGAGAGAGAGAGAGAGAGAGCGAGCGAGCAAGCAAUGGGGAAGGGAGGGUGUGGGGUUCUGAUGGUGCUAGUCUCAUCUGCUGUCGUGGGGCUGAUGAUGGCCGGAACUGCCGUAGCGCAAAUGAUGUCUCCUUCACCAGCCCCUUCCUCAGGCGUUGAUUGCUCGGGCGCCUUAGUCAGCGCCGCGAACUGCUUCAACUACGUCUCUGAAGGGAGCAACCUGACGUCGCCUGGUUCCGCCUGCUGCUCCAGCAUUGAGGGCCUCAUCACCAACAGUCCGGUGUGCCUCUGCCAGCUGAUAGCUAACUCCGGCUCCCUCGGCAUCCCCGUCGACCGCAAGAGGGCAUUAGGCCUCCCCCACGCCUGCAAGUUUUCUGCUCCCCCACUUAGUGCCUGCUCACUGCUCGGAGUGCCUAUUCCUGGUCCUUCUGAGGCUCCCGCACCGGCAAAAAGUGGUGGGAAAGCUCCGAUGGCAUCAGAAGCACCGGCAUCCCCAUCCCCUUCCCCAGAAGGAGGCAGCGGCUCGUCCGACUGCAAUGCCGCUUACAUGAGUGCGGUCAGUUGCCUGGACUAUAUCACCUCGGGAAGCAACCUGACAUCCCCCAGUUCCGAGUGCUGCUCCGGCGUCAAGAACCUCGUCACCAAGGAACCCGCCUGCCUUUGCCAGCUUCUAGGCGCCCCUGACCCCCAGGGCAUCUCCAUCGAUCGCAAGAGGGCACUAGGUCUAGCGGGCGCCUGCAAAGCUCCCACUCUCCCUCCCGGCUACUGCUCAAAGGUUGGAGUGCCUAUUGCUGGUCCCUCCAAGGCUCCCUCACCGGGGAAAGCUCCGAUGGCAUCAGAAGCACCGGCAUCCCCCUCCCCUUCCCCAGAAGGAGGCGGCGGCUCGUCCGACUGCAAUGCCGCUUACAUGAGUGCGGUCAGUUGCCUGGACUAUAUCACCUCGGGAAGCAACCUGACAUCCCCCAGUUCCGAGUGCUGCUCCGGCGUCAAGAACCUCGUCACCAAGGAACCCGCCUGCCUUUGCCAGCUUCUAGGCGCCCCUGACCCCCAGGGCAUCUCCAUCGAUCGCAAGAGGGCACUAGGUCUAGCGGGCGCCUGCAAAGCUCCCACUCUCCCUCCCGGCUACUGCUCAAAGGUUGGAGUGCCUAUUGCUGGUCCCUCCGAGGCUCCCUCACCGGGGAAAGCUCCGAUGGCAUCAGAAGCACCGGCAUCCCCCUCCCCUUCCCCAGAAGGAGGCGGCGGCUCGUCCGACUGCAAUGCCGCUUACAUGAGUGCGUUCAGUUGCCUGGAUUAUAUCAGCUCCGGGAGCAACCUGACAUCCCCCAGUUCCGAGUGCUGCUCUGGCGUCAAGAACCUCGUCACCAAGGAACCCGCCUGCCUUUGCCAGCUUCUAGGCGCCCCUGAUCCUCCGGGCAUCUCCAUCGAUCGCAAGAGGGCACUAGGUCUAGCGGGCGCCUGCAAAGCCCCCGCUCUCCCUCCCGGCUACUGCUCAGGUACAGGUAGCCCAACUUCAGCCCCGGAGGCAUCCGAACCGAUCACCGGAGUUUCUUCCGCCAAAGGCAACAGCAUCAGACGCUUCGGCUUCAGACCGUCGUUUUUGCUGUCCACUAUGUUCGUGACAAGUGCCACCAUCGCCAUAUUCUGAGUGGAUAUCGUGAACAGAGCAACUCGUCAUCUCCAUUCGUGGACAGAGAGAUUCGACCACUUCAUUUUGCUCUCUUUUUUUUUUUCUUCCGCGUUUCCUUCCUCUCUUACCGUACUCCCCGUGUAAUAAGAGCUUGUUAUUUAUUUAUUAGUACGUUCACUUUCA